CACUGGCUGGCUGACUCUUAAAAAUCAUGGCGGCCUCCUUCAAGAAAGCAGCUCACGAUAUAGAAACGCGAAACAGAACAGAUGAUGUGAUUUUAUCGGAGGGGAUUGACUUCAAGUCGCUUUUGCUGUCUGAGGUUGUGCUGGACGGGCUGUCAGCCGCAGGCUUUCAAAAACCAUCUCCGAUCCAGCUGAAGGCGAUUCCACUUGGCCGAUGCGGACUUGAUUUGAUUGUACAAGCCAAGUCUGGCACAGGAAAGACGUGCGUGUUCUGCACAAUCGCUUUGGAUUCUCUGAACCUGGACACUCCUGCCACACAGGUUCUUGUGCUGGCUCCGACUCGAGAGAUAGCGGUGCAGAUCCACUCCGUCGUCAUGGCGAUAGGCUGCGCAAUGGAGGGCUUGCAGUGCCAUGUGUUCAUCGGGGGCCGUCCUGUUCAUCAGGACAAACUCCAUCUGAAGAAAUGCCACAUCGCUGUAGGGUCACCUGGUCGUAUUAAGCAGUUGAUUGAGCUCGGCAUGUUGUCCACCGCCAGCAUUCGUCUCUUUGUUCUGGAUGAGGCUGACAAACUGCUGGAGGAGGGCAGCUUCCAGGAACAAAUCAACUGGAUAUUCUCCUCUUUGCCUGAGAACAAACAGAUGCUCGCGCUCUCUGCCACCUACCCUGAAUCUCUUGCUCAACAUCUCACCCGCUACAUGAGAGAGCCCACUUUUGUCAGACUCAACCCAAAAGAUAUGGGACUCAAAGGCCUGAGGCAGUAUUACAAGCUGGUGCAGUCCCAUCCAUUACCUCAUAAGGUCUUUGAGGAGAAGGUGCAGCUCCUCCUAGAGUUGUUCAGUAAACUGCCUUUCAACCAGGCCCUUGUUUUCUCAAACUUGCACACAAGGGCUCAGCAUCUGGCAGACAUCUUGUCCUCUCAAGGCCUACCUGCUGUUUGUAUCUCAGGUAGUCUGAGUCAGGAGCAGAGACUUGAGGCCAUGUCCAAAUUGAAGCAGUAUCAGUGCAGAGUGCUUAUCUCCACUGAUCUGACCUCUCGGGGCAUAGACGCAGAGAAGGUCAACCUGGUGAUAAAUCUGGACGUGCCACAGGACUGGGAAACCUACAUGCACCGAAUCGGACGUGCUGGGCGCUUCGGCACGCAGGGGCUUGCGGUGACCUACUGUUGCCAUGGCGAAGAGGAGAACAAGAUGAUGGCUAUUGCUCAGAAAUGUGGCCUGAAAUUGUCCGUUUUGCCAACCACCAUUGAUGCCGGACUGAUGGCUGAGCAAUGUGACUGGGAUGUCUGCGCCGAGGCUUCAUCUUUGGGCCUCCCAACCCAGCAGUUCUUCACGAAUAGGAAAAAGAAGACGGUACGCUCCAAAGCGUGCCCGACGGUUCUUUCUCCCGUCGUCGCAAAGGAUGCUCAGGAGGCCGAGAAGCCGAAGAUGAACCACGCCGUGGAAGAGCUUUCCGGAAAGCCGUCCACUGUGCAGAACAGGCUUCCGCAGAGCUCCACAAAAGCAGCGCCGACUCGUAAAGAGUUGCAAGACGCACUGCCAAAGAUCCCUCCCCUAAGCUCGUUUAAGAACUGCAAAACUGGGUUUAUAACCUUCGAGGAUGCUGAGCGAGACUUCCAAGCGUUCAUUAUGACAGGACCGGGAAGAUCAGUGGAGAUUGUCAGGGAGUAUAGCGGUCAGGGAGACGACGGGGAGCCUGACGGGCGUCGAGAGUUUGUCACACUCAGUGACGACGGAGGCGAGAUCUGUCAAGGAUGGAAUCGAGAGCAUAACUCAAAAUCAGCUGCAAAAUCAGCCUCGGGUUCUUCAAGCCUUGAAGAUGACUCGGAAGACAAGUUCAACCUGACUGCAGGUGACGAGACCACCGAAGUCACUCACCCUGAGACAGUGACAAGUCGUAGCGGCGCCGUGAAACCAUUCACACCGGAAGCUCACGUAACAUUCCAGACAACAAACGCAACGGGCCGCAGAACGCCACCCCAACCUGACAACUUGAAAUCAAUGCUCGGCGUAAACGCCAGCGCGCCAAUUGAGCGGACGUCUUUGGCUGAAAGUCCAAAGUCAAAUGUCCAAAAUGAACAAUGGAGAAGUCGGAAGACCGAGCAAAAAUUGGAAAGGGUUGACGUGGAAGAUGACUCCAAUGUUGAGAGUUACUGGAGAGACUGCUACAGAGCCUGGAAUGAUUUCUACGCCUCCAUGUCUUCUUUUCAAGGGCAACCUUACCAAGAAUACAACAGGGCAGCACACAACUGGAUGGCAGCCUAUCGUAUGAACGCAGUUUACAUGGAGGAACUGCUCAAACACUGAUUUCCGUGCUGGCUCAAUAUCACUAAAAAGAGCCUUUAGUGUCCUCAGAAUCAUGUAAUCGUGAUGUAGUCAUAGCAGAGCACUUUUUAUUCUACUAAUUGAAAAUGUGGUUUUGCUAACUGUUUUGUGGUUAAAUGUUAAUAAACCAGGGGGGAAAAUGA